AUGAAGAAGACUCUGUCCCGACUGAGGAGCAGAACUGGACCUGGAGACGCUUGUCCCAUUGCCACGCCCCCAACACAAAGCCACGCCCCCUCGACCAUAGCUCCAUCAAUAAGGAGAGACGGAAUCAGAGCACAUGGGGGCGGGGGCAGCGCACAUGGGGGCGGGGCUUACCUGCAGUCCCUCUUCAGCAGCAGCAGGUCCUGGGUUCUAUCCGACCAUGCCCAGGCCCCGCCUAUACUGCCUCUGGGGGAGGGGCUUAUCUGGUACAACCCAAUACCUGAAGAGGAGGCGGAGCUAGAGAGAAGAGAGGAGGAGCCAAAGGAGAGCUCAGGGGGUGGGUCCGAGAGUGUGAUUGACAGAAUUCGCUCUCCAGCGCUGAAGCUGCGGCGUAAGCUCAGCUUUAAGUCACGACGAGAUCGCCGCGGCAACAGCAGCCAGGACGCGCCCCUUUCUGUCCAAGACACACCCCCCUUCAAGAAGCGUCCACUCAUUCAGCCACAGAGUGACGAUGACGAAGUGUCACCUGUGACAUCACUGCAGGGGGAGGGGCCACGUGGGUUUAGCCCUGCCCACAGUGUGACGGGCGUCCUCACAGUGAACCUGAGACGACUAGAGCUCAUCACAGACAGAGUGGGCGUCUCCAGGUGUGUCUCCAUGGUGAUGCAGGUGGAUGAUGUCAUCAGAGCUCGCACUGCUGUCAUGACGAUGACAGACUCUGCUCUUCAGCUCGACCACAGCUUCAGCCUGCAGCUGGAGCGAGCACAGAGGCUGCGGGUUCUACUCCUCCGCAGUAACAUGACGUCACAGAUGCAGAGCUCCAGGACCAGACUAUGUGCUGGGGGCGGAGUCUCACUGUCCACACUGUUCACAGAUUCUCAAACUGUGGACCUGGUCCUGGACUUAGAGCCCAGAGGAAAACUGCAGCUGUCCCUGAACUUGAAGGUCACACAGAAAGGGGGCGGGGCCUCAGUGUCAGGGGGCAGUGCCCAGGUGUUUGGGGCGGAGCUUACAGAUCUGGUGCAACGAGAAAUGUCUGAAGAACUGGUUCCACUGAUCGUCCAGAAAACUGUGAAUGAGAUCAACAGACGAGGCUUGAAGGUCUUGGGGAUCUACAGAGUUUGUGGAUCUUCCUCCCUGAAGCAGAAGCUCAGACUGAGUUUUGAGAAGAACAGUUCAAACGUGGACCUGAAGGGGGCGGAGCUACAUGACAUCACAGGCAUACUGAAGGAUUUCCUCCGGGAGCUGCCGUCACCACUUGUCACUCUGUCUCUGUGUGAAGAGGUGAGGCGGGUCAUGAUGUCUGACCCCUGUGUGACCCUGGACCCAGUGCAGCUGCUGCAGUGUCUGCCCCCAGUGGAGAGAGCGACCCUGUCCUUCCUCCUGGACCACCUUGCUCUUGUCUGCAGCUUCAGCUCCUUCAACAAAAUGUCCGCCCAGAAUGUCGCUGUGUGCUUCGGACCCGUCCUUUUCAUUCAAACUGACCAAUGGGAACACAGUACCACACUCACGGGCCAAUCAGGGCAGGGCCUAGACUUCAAACAGCACAUUGAGGCUUUACACUUUCUGCUGACACACUGGCCAGUCCCACCUCUUCAAGGCCCCGCAGAGGAAGUGGAUGGGGUCUUACCUCAGCACAGGUGCAGGGGGCGGAGCCUGAGGCACAGACAGGCCGGAGACUGGAGCUGCUACCACCAGAGGGCGCCAGGUCAGUCUACUCUAAUCAGCUCCUCUGUCAGCUUCAGUCUCCUCCCCUGUCAGACUCCUCCUCCUGUCAGUCUGCUCCUCUCUGCGGUCGAUGAGGAGUCGGUUCUGGAUGUUGAAGCUCCAUUCAACUGUCGCCUGAGUCUGAAGGAUUUUGAUUUACUGAUCCAAGACUUUCACAUGCGACUGAACCAGACAGAGGACAGAAUGGCCUCCAGCCGCAGCUGCUGUGGAGCUCCUCUCCUGCAGGUGGUGCUGUCAGUGAUGCUGCUUCUGAUGACUGUAGCCUGUGUGGGACUCAUCAUCGCCAUGGCAACAGGCCCAAAUACAGAUCCUCCCCCUCCACCCCCUCCUCCCCCCUCAUACCUCAUUGGUCUGGGACGAGCUGACUGCACUGGCCCCCCUGCUGAGGUCCCACUGAUGGGCUACGCAAACGCGGAGCAGACGGCGGCAGGUUUACACACGCGUCUCUACAGCAGAGCGUUCAUCGUUGACGACGGUCGGAGACGAGUCGUGUUUGUAUCAGUGGAUGUUGGUAUGGUGUCACAGAGACUUCGGCUUGAGGUGUUGCAGGGUCUCAAACAGAGGUUCGGGUCCCUGUACACCCGUGAGAACGUGCUGCUCAGUGGGACACACACACACAGUGGACUUGGAGGAUACUUUCAAUACACACUGUUCAUGCUCAGCACCAAGGGAUACAUCAAGGCAUCAGUACAACCCCUAGUGCAGGGCAUCAUCAGGAGUAUAGCAGUCGCUCACAGAAACAUGAGAUCUGGGAGGAUCUUCCGAAACUCUGGACCUCUGCAGCAGAACAGCCUGAACCGCAGCCCACAGUCCUACAGCAACAACCCCCAAGAGGAGAGAGAGAGGUUCCCUGAUGACACGGACAAACAGGUGACAGUUCUGAAGUUCACUGAUGCUGACGGCGACGGCCUCGGAGUCCUCAGCUGGUUUGCAGUCCAUGCCGUCAGUAUGAACUACACUAAUCGUCUUGUGAGCAGCGACAACAUGGGACUGAGCUCCAUCAUAAUGGAGACAGAGAAGAACCAGGACCUGCCAGGAGAGGGCCGGUUUGUGGCUGCCUUCUGCAGUUCUAAUCUGGGAGAUGUGACUCCCAACACCAGGGGGCCCUACUGCAGCAACACAGGCCUGAAGUGUGACUACCUGAACAGUUCCUGUCCUGUGGGGGGGACUAAGUUCUGUCAGGGUCUGGGUCCUUCAGACGACAUGUUUGAGAGCACAUGGAUCAUCGCUGAGAACAUCUAUAAGAAGACCAAGGAGCUGUAUGUGUCUGCGGUGGAGGAGGUUUUGGGCCCGUUACACUUCGCUCAUCAGUGGAUCGACAUGAGCAACGUGAGCGUGAGGCUCAACAGCACUCACACGGUCCGCACCUGUAAACCUGCGCUCGGACACAGUUUUGCUGCUGGAACCACAGACGGAGGAGGAGACCUGAACUUUACUCAAGGUUCCGUGGAAGGAGACCCGUUCUGGGACGGGAUCAGAGAUGCUCUGCUCGGAGCUCCGUCCAAUGAGACUCAGGACUGUCACCGACCCAAACCCAUUCUGUUCAGCACCGGAGAAAUGUCAAAGCCAUUGCCGUGGCACCCGACCAUCAUCGAUGUGCAGAUCCUGGUUUUGGGGUCACUGGCCAUUUUAGGAAUCCCAGGAGAAAUCACGACCAUGGGAGGACGCAGACUCAGAAAAGCUGUCAGACAGGAGCUGCAGAGCGGAGGAUCCUUCAAAGACGUUGAAGUCGUCGUCGCUGGUUUGAGCAACGUCUACACGCAUUACAUCACCACCUAUGAGGAGUACCAGGUGCAGAGGUACGAAGGAGCCUCCACCAUCUACGGCCCCCACACGCUCAGUGCCUACAUCCAACAGUUCACCAGACUGAGCCGAGCCAUCAGAGAGGACUCGGUCUCUGGGCUGGACUCGGGUCCGGAACCUCCGUUCGUGUCCAAACUCUUCAGUCUUCUUCCUGCUGCAGCCGUCGACAAGAAACCAGAAAACAGCAGCUUUGGGGACGUGUUGGACCAGGUCCACGGGGUGUACAGGCAGGGAGAUGUGGCGUCAGUGACGUUUGUGGCAGGAAACCCUCGACACUCGGAGAUGCCAGACCACACAUUUGCCGCAGUUGAAAAGUUUGACAACUUGACGCAGAAGUGGGACCUGGUCUACACCGAUGCAUCAUGGGAAACCAGAUUCCACUGGCUGAAGGGAGAGGGUCGUCGUAGCAACGCCACAGUGCAGUGGUUCAUCCCUGACACUGCCCCCAGUGGAUGGUAUCGGAUACUGCACGCUGGCCAUUACAAAGAGAUCAAGAACUUUAGACCAAUCAUCAAGGAGUACAGCGGCCAAUCAGAGGCCUUCAGGGUGGUGGACAACUACUACACAACCAGGACCUGA